AUAAAAGACGUAUUCUUGUAUCAUUCUGCAUGAAGACUGCAGCUGGCAAGGGCCAUCCCGAGCGAUUACGGCAGCGAUUCCUCGAUUCCCUGAGACGUAAAAACGAGCACUCAGUGUACCGCGGACAUGCAUAGUGUUUGAACAUAUAUCUGUCCAACAGCAGAAGGCGGAAUUGGUAUUAUCCCCACCUGCACGCAAUUGCGUGCCGAAACACACCGUUAAAGUCCUUUCUUGCAUCACUGCAGCAAGCGGGCCUGAAUACGCAUAGUGCAAGAGGUUUAGGUACCAUGGCCCGUGUGGUGUUUGCGGUAGCGCUGCUCGCUGGUGUGCUCGCGUGCGCAGCCGCGACGAGACCGCUCCAGCGCAGCGCCGUGGACGAUGGCGACAUUACGCACCAGCUGAAGUUUAUUAACAAGCACGUUGACAAGAAGGACAAGCACCCGUAUCGCACCCCCACCGGGCUGUUCAUUCAGGAGCGCGCCUCCAAGCAGCUCCCCGGCCCUGGCCAGCACUUUUCGUUCGGCGCGCUGGUCACAUGGGAUGUCAUUCACCAAACUCUGGACCAGCUGCCAGACUCCAAGCUCAUCUUCCUCAUCCGCCACGGUCAGGCGGUGUCCAACUACCUGUCGGACACGCUGGGCCCGGACGAGUGGUUCAAGUGGGAGACCAAGUGCGGCUACAGCGACAACGCCACCUCCUGGAACCUGUUCGAUGCGGACCUGACGGACCUGGGUGAGGCGGAGGCGGACGCGCUCAACCUGAUGCUGCUGGACAGCGGCUGGUUCAAGACCCUCACCGCAGGACUGCCCGCACGUGCGGUGGUCAGCCCGCUCAGCCGCUGCCUGGAGACCGCCACUCGCGCGCUCAAGGACCUGCCCUUCACCGCCACCCAUGUGGAGGAGAACGUGCGCGAGACGCUGGGCGAGGACACGUGCGACGCGCGCCGCUCCGCCUCCGACCCCAAGCCCGGGGACAAGGAGAAGCUGCAGGGCGUGUGCAAGUUCGAGCAGGGCCUGCGCACCAGGUUCCCGCAGUUCGAGUUCCCGGUGUCUCCCGGCAAGCCCGGCCAGCGCUCGGGCUUUGGGCUGCUGGCUGACGCCGACCCGCUGUGGACGGAGGACCGCGAGACCCAAGGGCACCAGACCAAGCGCGCGCUGGGCUUCCUGCAGGACCUGUGGGAGUUUGCUCCGGAGCGGGUUGUGUUCGUGGUGACGCACUCGGGCUUCACGCGCUCCGUGCUGCUGGCCGCCGGCCGCGAGCCCUACCGCCCCCAGAACACAGAGCUGGUGCCGCUGCUGCUGCAGCGCGUACCGCAGCCGCUGGCGGAGGAGGCGGAGUAGAAGGAGAGAGGAGGGAAGGGAGGAGGUGGAGGAGGCGCUGGGAAGGGAGGAGGUGGAUGCGGGGGUUGCGGCGCCUCGGGUGUGAAGGUCUUGGCCGCGCGGCCGGUUGUGCAACAGUUGCAGUGAUUCCAAGCCAGGCAUGACACCACUUUGCAAAGGGCAAAUAAACGUUGCGUGUGCGUGGUGGGAUUAUUAUUGAUUCCCAGCAUGCAGGGGUGCAGAGCAUCUUUGGAAAGCCACGUUGUUGCCGCGCUCUCUGGCGUGGCCUAUGCAGACAAUUUCAGGCUGAGCCUGCGCAGGCGCGUUGAAAUGCUUUGCUGGCGCGGGGGCACAUGAUUUGUUUGUGCAUUUAUGUUUGUCAUGUGCUGCUUGGGAAGCUAGCUGAGCCUGUGCACAUGUGAGACUGUCGCUGUGACUGUGCACGCCGCGUGUGAGAGCCGCGUGCAUGUGGGUUGGGCCAAAACACGGGCGGUCGGCAUUCAGGCGUACUUGCCGUGGAAUCAUUUUGUAAACAUGGCCUUGAUCAGUAGGAUGUGUAUGUACGGGCUCUUGCUGCUGGGGAUGAAAGCGGCGGAUGCCAGGGUGCCCCACUUGGUGGGGGGCGGGGGAAGGCAGGUGCAGGCCUUCCGCCAUCUACGCGCGGCCCAACGGCCAACGGCUGGUUUGCGCCGCGAGUAUUAAAACGCGCACCGCUCCAAUCAUACCAACAUGCACUUCAAGUAGCACAAACUCAGGACUCAAGAUAACAAAGUCAUCUCAUACUUUGAAGGGCACUGCAGACUCAGCGCUCGUAUCUUCCUUCGUUCGGAACGAAAUUUGCCAAAAAGGGCCUCUGGCGGAAGAAAUUAUUUUGAUCUUGACUUGAAAUUUCGGCCAAAACGCGCGGGAUCUUGGGGGUUUUUUCGGCAAACAGACGAAGACAGUUUUGGGAUUUCGGCCACUUUUGGCCGAAGGACAAGGGGGUUCCAGCGGCUACUCCACGGCCAAAACCUGCGUGGCAUAUGGUGAGAAGGCUCAGAGGGCUGUAUCUAUGGGUGUUGACGGCGGGAGAGUGAGGUUGGGUCGGCGGGAAGCAGGGGAGGAGUGGGCGUGUCGUGUCGGUGUCGACAUCUGAGAAUGUUCUGGGGCAUUGGGUUCACUGUUAU